AUGAAGUCUAUCAAGGCCCGAAUAAAGCAUCGAUUCGGGAAGCAUUUCCCGAGGGUUACUGCCCGUGGCUCCGUCACCUCCCUUCUCGAAGUGCUCGUCGGCCGGACCGGCAGCAGUAGCCGCAUCAACCGGUACAUGUAUGUGACCGCGGCGGCCGCUGCAGCCCGUCGCAACAACAUGACGAACUCCACCCAGUCCUCGGAUCCCACGGAUUUUUCCAGCAGCAGCAGCACUAAGCAGCGAUUCCCCUGGGGCAGUCGCAAGUCCACCGCCAGCCACUCCAGGGUCCGCGAAUCGGUGUCGAUUGCUGGGAGAAGGCGAACCACAUCCUCGCCAAAGCUAAACGAAACGCGGACGAGCACGGACAACUAUUCGCAAACGGACAAACGGAUCAGCCACGAUAAGCACGGAAAAUCAUUAUUAACCGUUCAUUCUGGCAUCUCGCAGGCACGGAGCCGCCAAUCGACAGCACCCGAUCCCCAGUGGCAGGCGGGCAGGAGGCGACAGAUCGCGGACAACUACACGCGCAGGAAGACAGAGGCAAGACUGGUGACCACCAAGUGCAACGCGGUGCACGACGGUCGGAAGCUGCUGCAGGAACGGAUGAUGGUGGAGGUGGACGUGUUAUUCAAAUUACUCUUUUCGCCAUCGCAGUUCCUGCAGAGCUUCCACGACAGGCGCGAGACGACGGACCUUCGAAUGGGGCUCUGGGCCAAGAACGCCAGCGGUCAGAACGAACGCACAGUUACCAUGACUGUGACAUUGGCCGCCAAUAUUGGUCCGAAGUCGGCAAAAGUCACCGAAACGCAGACGUUGCGCGAGUGCAGCCAGCCGGGGCAACUCUACUCCAUCGAUGUGCGAAGCGUCAAUGCAGAGAUCCCGUACGCCGAUACCUUCGAGGUGCACAUUCACUACUGCCUGAGGGCAGCGGUGGACGAUCAGACCGACGUGCUUAUUUUCGCCCAGAUCAGGUUCGUGAAGUCCGUCUGGGCGGUGGUAAAGGCAUUCAUCGAGAAGAACGCGUACGCGGGCCUGGACGAGUUCGCCCAGUCCCUGUACAGUUCUCUGCUCAAUGAGAUCAAGAAGCUGUGACUUAUUGUUGCACCCUGACCAUGGCCCAUCGUCAUUAGAGGUUAAAAUACCGUCCCUUAAUAUAAUUAGAAUCGACUGUA